GUACACCUGAAACUGAUAUAAUGUUGUCGGCUAGCUAUAUUUUUAAAUAAAAAUCUAAAAAAGAAAAAAAUGGGGUCAGCAGGUCAGCAUGAAAAUAAUAUGUGAACUCAUAACAUAAUGGGAAUUUCUAAAUUUGGAAGUUCAAAAAUUAACAUUUUGAAGUAGAGCCAUCAGUUAUUUUCAAAAUGCUUUGUAACAAAUUUUAAAUGGAAGAAAUUAAAUAUUCCACUGAUUCAAGGCACUAAUAUUACAAAUUAAUUCCCACUAGGUUAGCCAACAUGUGUCAGGAAAAUAAUUUUGUAAGAUUCAAUUCAUCAUUCCCUGUAGGACACACAAAAGGAUCCUCGGGUCAUGUUCUAGUAUUCUUCUCUUUCUCACAAAAGUAGGAAAACAUCUCUGCAAUUUAUUCUCCUUUAAUAAGAGUUCUAUGGGAAUUGUUGCAAUUGGGCAGCACCUUCUUCUCUCUCACUUCUCUGCUACCUCAGCAUUGUGUAACUUUGAUUCCAUUUAUCUAAGCUUUCCUCAUUAAAAAAAGACUGAUGACAGCCACUGCAAUAUAUUAAAAGUAAUUUAUACAGGCUGGCAGCACACUGGAAGUUCUGAACCAACAACAUUUCAACUGGAACAAAAAGACACAUUUCUCAAUUCUGUGACACAGCAGAAAGUGGACAGCAACAUGAGUAAUGCACCAAAGAUCCAGACCUUAAAAAAAUCUAAAUAAAUACAAAAAUUAAAUACCUGGAUAUAAUAAAUUCUUAUAAGCCAUUCUAAUUAAAAUCUAAAGCUGUCCUUAAAAUCUAUUUCCAGUUUCACAGUAACCUUUCUUCAUGGGCAGACCAUAACAGAAUUUAGAAUUAUUUCCAGAAACGUGGUCAGUGAUACUUAAAUUGUAUUUAACCCCCAGUGAUCUCUGCCUUUAUUUGCGCUGUGAAAAAUAAUCAGCUCUAUCAUGCCUUUCCGGACAGUCAGUAGGUUUUAUUUACAUUGUUUUGAGAAAAGGAGACAAAAGACAUCCCUUUACAAUUGUCUUUCAGCAAUCUCAGUCUUGAGCAGACUAGGUAACAAGAUUUUAUAUAUAAGGAAACAUAAAUAUCUAUAUACACCAAAACAGACAUAAAUACACAAAUAAAGAUGAAGUAGCUUAUAAAGUCUCUUGAAGCACAAAUGUAUGAACUGACCACCAGACACAGAACUUAGAUCUAUAAUGAGAAAAAAAAAUCAGUAUGAGCCUGAAAAAAAAUUAAAAUAUCACUGUCACGAACAUGGAAAAAAAUAAAUAAGAAAAUAGAAAACAAUAAUCACCGGAAAACCUGGGUCCUGUAAAGAUUUCUUUUCCAUCAGAAGAUGCAGAAACAUUUUUUUCCCCCUGGUGCAAAUGAAAACGUUUAAGCAUCCCCAGUUUCUUGCCCGCUUUUUCCCUCAGGCGCCGGUGUAGACGGCCGGUGUGGACUUUUUUCCAAAGAUGAGAAGUAGAAAUUUGUACUUUAUCGGGAGCGGGUGCACUUUUCCCCCCGGCCCCCCUUUCCUCUGCCUCCAAGAUGGUAGGAAAGUUGUCGUUUCGGAGGGCAGAGGAGCGGCUCUCUGGUGUUAUGUCCUCGCAGUGCCUGUAGUGGUGCUGUAGGAGGCUGCUGCCUCUUCUUGUGCAGCCCCGGCAGCCCUGCCUUCUUGGCUGGAGAGUAUAUUCAGGGAUUUCCCCUUAAUAAUCACCGACCCUGGGAGCACUUUUUAGUUUCCAAAAUAAAAAUAUGAUCCUCACCCCUCUUGCUUGACAGGGAAAGGCUCUCUCCGGAGCCCAGGGGGGAGCAGUAGCAGCGGCAGCCGAGCUUCCUAGUCCAUUGCCAGCGCCUCUCACUCUGAUCUGUCAGCCCAGCCGAGGGAAAAGGGGGGAAGGAGAAAAAAAAAAAACCAGCUGAAAGGUAAGCAGAGGCGGCCCCAGGCCCGGCCCACAUCCCCGGGCUGCCGUAGGGCGGCGGGCUGGGCCGCGUAGUCAGGGCGGGCGGCGAGCCCGCUUACGUGAGGCCGGGGAUUCGCCGGCCCGCGCCAGGCCCCGGACAGAGAAUGAAAGGACAAUCUGCUUCGUCUUGAUUCUGCAGAAUUCCAAACUCUGGUAUCCUUGGGGGUCUCUUAACAGUGCUAUGGUGCAGAAGAUUUAAAAUCAGCUGAUGUUCACAAGGAAUAGAGUCACGUGAUGUAUGAAGGGAAACAUAUACACUUCUCUGAGGUUGACAAUAAGCCCUUGUGCUCAUAUAGCCCCAAACUGUGCAAGCAGCGGCGACUCAACGGCUACGCUUUCUGUAUCAGACACGUGCUGGAGGACAAGACUGCCCCCUUCAAGCAAUGUGAAUAUGUGGCCAAGUAUAACAGCCAACGCUGCACCAACCCCAUCCCCAAAUCAGAGGAUCGUAGGUACUGCAACAGCCACUUGCAGGUACUUGGCUUUAUCCCGAAAAAAGAGAGGAAGAAAAAGAAUGAUCCUCUAGAUGAGGUAAAGGUCAGGCACCAGAUGGAUACCAUGGCCUUUAGCCUGACGGUGCCCACGCUGGCCUUGAAGAUGCCCAAUGGACUGGAUGGAAUGUCCCUCUCUCCACCGGGGGCCAGGGUCCCUCUCCACUACCUGGAAACUGAGUUGGAAGACCCGUUUGCUUUCAACGAGGAAGAUGAUGACCUGAAGAAAGGGGCAACUGUGAGAAAGAAGUUGCAGAGCAAGUUGGCCCAGAACCGGCAGCGCCAGAGAGAGACAGAGAUUUUAAAAGUUCGACAAGAGCACUUUAGUCCCCCUCCUGCACCUUCACAGCAGCAGCCUCCGCAGCAGCACUCCCACCUGUCACCUUUGUCCACUUCUUUAAAACCUUCAGCGCCACCGCAGGGUCUAGUCUGCAAGUCACCUCAACCUCAGAACACCAGCCUACCAAUGCAGGGAGUGGCCCCCACCACACACACUAUAGCACAAGCAAGGCAGUUGUCUCACAAGAGGCCUCUGCCCCUCCUGCCAUCCAGUAGGGCUCCUGCCGUGGACCCACCCAGGACUGACCGGGUCCUUAUGAAAGCCACAGCCUUCUCUCCACACUUCUCUUGUAUAAGUCGACUGCAGAGACUGGUGAAACUGUGCACCCAGAAACAUCAGUUGGACACUGAUCUGUUUCCCCAUUUAGGGUUGGACUGGUCUGAAGAAAGCGGAGAGGAACUGGAGGACUCAGAGCAGGCCUCGCCAUACCAGGUUGCAUGGUCCAUCCGAGAAACCCUCAGAUAUGAAAGACACACGUCUGAUGACGAUGACACGGAGAGUAGGAGCUCCAGGGUGACCCAACUUUGCACUUACUUUCAGCAGAAAUAUAAGCACCUCUGCCGCCUGGAGCGGGCAGAAUCUCGUCAAAAGAAAUGCCGGCAUACGUUACGGAAAGCCUUGCUGCAGGCGGCUAGUAGAGAGCCAGAGUGUACCGGUCAGUUAAUGCAAGAACUGCAGAGAGCUGCAUGCACCCGAACCAGCAUAAGCCGGACCAAGUUGAGGGAGGUGGAACCAGCAGCUUGCAGCGGAACAGUGAAGGGCGAACAGUGCACGAACAAAGCCCUUCCCUUCACCAGACAUUGUUUCCAACGUAUCCUCGUCACUACAUUGAGUGUGCAUUCAAAAGAUAAUUUCUUAAGAGGCGAUAGCUCCCGUAAAGUUCAGCACCAGCAGCAGAGGAAACCCAGGAAAAAAACCAAGCCUCCUGCACUUACCAAAAAACACAAGAAGAAGAGAAGGCGUGGACCUCGUCGACCCCAAAAACCCAUUCCCCCUGCGGUCCCCCAAGGGAACCUCAGCAUGCCCACCAGCGUCUCACUGCCAGUGGGGGCCUCUCAGAUCCGGAGCCCAUCCACGCCAGGGCUGAGUGCUGAUGAGUUGCCGGAUGACAUUGCCAAUGAGAUCACUGACAUUCCACAUGACUUGGAAUUGAACCAGGAGGACUUUUCAGAUGUCCUGCCAAGGCUACCUGAUGACUUACAGGAUUUUGAUUUUUUUGAAGGAAAGAAUGGAGACCUCCUCCCAACUACCGAAGAGGCUGAGGAACUUGAGCGGGCUUUGCAGGCUGUGACUUCUCUCGAGUGCCUGAGUACCAUUGGGGUACUUACCCAGUCAGAUGGUGUGCCGGUCCAGGAAUUGUCGGAUAGAGGAAUAGGGGUAUUCUCCACAGGUACGGGAGCUUCAGGAAUUCAGUCCUUGAGCCGAGAAGUAAACACGGACCUAGGGGAGCUGUUGAAUGGGCGCAUAGUACAUGAUAAUUUUUCUAGCCUAGAGCUGGAUGAGAACCUGCUCCGUUCUGCUACCUUGUCUAACCCACCUACACCCCUGGCAGGGCAGAUCCAAGGGCAGUUCUCUGCCCCAGCCAACGUUGGCCUUACUUCUGCCACUCUGAUCAGCCAGAGUGCACUUGGGGAGAGAGCCUUCCCAGGACAGUUUCAUGGACUUCAUGAUGGCAGCCAUGCCUCCCAGAGGCCACAUCCUGCCCAGCUGCUGAGCAAGGCAGAUGACCUAAUCACCUCACGACAGCAAUACAGCAGUGAUCAUUCACACUCCUCGCCCCAUGGAAGCCAUUAUGAUAGUGAGCACGUGCCGUCUCCCUACAGUGACCAUAUCACCUCUCCCCACACAUCUUACUCUGGUGAUAAUAUGGCAGCUACCUUCUCAGCAGAGAUGCCCAUCAUGACGCAGCACUUGCUCCCAACCCAACUUGAGGUGCCACUUGGAGGAGUCGUAAACCCCAGGACUCACUGGGGCAAUCUCCCUGUCAACCUUGGAGAGCCCUCUCCAUUUAGCAACCUUCUCGACGCAGAUGGACAUCUUCUUUCCACUUCCCUCUCCACGCCACCCACCACUUCGAACUCAGAGACCACACAGCCUGCCUUCGCCACCGUGACCCCCAGCAGCUCCAGUGUGCUCCCGGGGUUACCGCAGACCAGCUUCAGUGGCAUGGGGCCUUCUGCUGAACUAAUGGCCUCCACCUCUCCCAAGCAGCAGCUUCCUCAGUUCAGCGCAGCCUUCGGCCACCAGCUGAGUUCUCACAGUGGCAUUCCUAAGGACCUGCAGCCCAGCCACAGCUCUAUAGCCCCUCCUACAGGCUUCACAGUAACAGGUGCCACAGCUACAAGUACCAAUAAUGCAUCCUCUCCCUUCACCUCCCCUAACUGAGUGUGUCUGUGUGUAUGCAGGCAGGUGGGGAACCUGGUGUUUUCUGUCUUUGUUUCCUCUUUAUCACUCCUUUCCCCUUUCCCUAAAGAAGAUUUUAAACAUCACAGAUGGGGACUAGAGGGGAACUCCCUUUUCCAGUUGAACAGGUUACCCUGCGGUGGACCUUGCUUCAGUGUUCACAUGUGCUCCUUUGCACUGGUGCUCAUUUCCUUCUGGCAGGGUCACUCUGCCCCAGCGGUUUCCUUAGGGGCUCAGCACAGUGACUGGAUAGAACCGACUUUUAGCAGCAAGUCCUAGAAGUGGAAGAUACCUCAGAUUACCAGUGCCCUAUUUCCUAGUAUUCAGAUCAAUGCUUUCCAUUCUAUUACCAGGUAUUUACAUAGGUGGUUCUCGGUAGAAAGAUCCUCUUCAUUGAGUCUCUGUGUGUAAGACAUAGCAAACGGUGUGUAGCGGCAGAUCGAGACAAGGCUCUGACUUAGCACCAACUGCUAAAUACCACAUGAGGCCAGGAGUCCAUUCCUAAUUGUGAUCAUGUUUAAUUAAAAAGAAAAAAAUGAGUCUUUUGACUGCCUGUGUGUAUGUGUGCGCCCUCGUGUGUGUGUUCUCUGUGUAGGGCAGGAAGCAGCUGUCCCAUUGUUACUGUUAUUGUUUUGCCCUCGUGAGUAUAAGGCUCUUACUUCUCCCCGCAUCUCACAACCCUGAUAAGGUUGGUCAUUCUUUCCCACUGAGUUAACUAAGCUUCUUGAAUAGAGAGGGUGGUUGGUGGUCUGGUCGCAUGAAUAGCACAACCCUUUUCUGCUAAGUUAUCCCGGAACACAAACAGCUGAAUUCAUGUUAGUGCCGUGGGGGAUGUCGUGAAAAGCUUGCCUGGAGUGACUGCAGGGUUGCUGAGAUACUGAGGCCUGGUGGUUCUAUUGCCUUUUUCGACAUGCUUUUGUUCCUGAACCCCUCUGUCAUGGAAUACAUUCGCAAGAUGUAAUUAAAGAAAAUACUUCGAUGUGAAAUGCAGGAUAGGUCAGAUAGAUUUGGAAAGAUGGGCUCUGUGAACUUCUUGACCCGUCUUUUGCUUUUAAAUCUUUCAUGUUUACAGUAGUGAUUCUUUGGUGAGAUUUGUAAAAUGUUGAAGACGCUUGUGGAAUCAAUGUACCAGUUGUGAAGUGAUAUGUAAUAUCUGAAGGAUACACAUUUUAAAGUUUCUUUCAAAGCAGAAUAUGGAAAUGACACAUAAAUUUUACCCACCCUUUGGUACUUUUAAAAUGAUUUAAGUACUUAGGUUUAAAUUGGGGGACAUUGCUUUAAAGUACCAGGAUUUUAGGCUUAAAAAUCAUGUUGGGUAGUUUAGUAAGUUGGUGACAAUGAAACGAACAUGUGAGUUUUCUUUUUACCUGCCUUCUCCCUUGCCCUCCUGUCUCCUCCCAGAAGAAGGGUGGAACUCGAUUUUAAAGGCAUUUGUGCCCUGCUUUUGCCCGAGAUGGUUCACUGUCUCCUGAGAUACCAUUGGCUAUUUAUACCUGAGUCUAGUCUAAUUUACAUAUAUAUAUUUUAAAAGAUGAGUAGAGAGAGCAUAUCUAUUAAUGAUGUGAUAUAAUGAUUCAUUUGUCAGGGAAUAUUUGAUCUUAAUUCCUUUUCAAUAGGUAAAGAUUUGGAUGUAUUUUCCUACUUCCUGUAAGUAUUCUCUUUAUGCCAUGCGAAUUCUAACCAAUCCCUUCUUUUGAAAGCUUUUCUUUCUCUGCUUUUUAAAGGAAUGAUGGUGAUCAGCAGGCAUUAUGCAGAUACCAUGUGCCUGAGAUUAUGGAGGGGAAAUGUCACAUGACUAUGAAAUCAUUAUAUGCCCUAUUUUGUAUUUAUUGAAGUUUCUUUUUGUGGGCCAAAAAUAAGUUUGUAAUAUAUUUAGUUUUUUUUAAAUCAUGAUAAUUGGAAGAUUUAUUUUUAAUAGCUUUGUCUUUUUUGCAGAUUGAGAAAUUUCUAAAUUAUAAAUUAUGUCACAAAGCAAAAUUAUAUUUGGUAUCACCAUAAAUUUCUAUUGUGAAUGGUGAGAACAGAUAAUUUGAAUAUUUCUCACCUGUGAACCUGUUAGUAAGCUUUUUUAUUUUAAUGUACUAUAAUGAAAUGACUAUGAGUAGUUAGCUCUGCUCAAAAGUGUCAUUUAGUUUGCUCAACUCUUUCCACACCCCAUUGUAAUCAUCACUAGAUAGCUGUCCAUUCCCAGCUAUUCGGUUUGUUCUCCAUUGUGUACUAAUGAAUCAUUGUAGCAGAGCAGCACAUCGACUUUCUUCUUAUCAGCCUUUCUUUGACAGCAAAGGGAAAGUCACGGGUAGUCGAUCUGAACUUUUAUGGCUAUUUGUUUCCUCGUGGUAGCUGCUUAAAAUUCUUCAGUUAUCAAAAACUGAGUUUGCAGUAAGUUGCACAUUUUAUUGUUUGCAAUUUUCUGUUUUAUGUGCAUUUAAAAGCCCUUUUCUGCUUUCGAGUAAGGAAGCAAGAAAUGAUCAGGAAUGUUGCCAGUUACAGCUUCACACCAAAAACUUUGAGUCAAUUCAUUUUUGUUUAGAUGCCCACAAUGAUAGCUGAAGAAAGGGCACCCGUAGAAAGUACCAGUGUAGACUUAAGGAAUUAGUAAGAAAGGAAAUUUCCCUCUCAUUUCAUCUACUUCAAAAGCAACAUGUGAGCUUAAAGUUUGCUUUGCUCUUGCUGUUUCUUGUUUGAGUCGCUUUUUGGAAGAGAGAAGAACAUCUGUGAACCCAGAGAUAUCCAUUUUUCUUUUCGCUGACGGAGCAAUUCUAGUCUAUUAGUAGUAGCUUUGCCAUUAAUAUAUAAAGGAAUGAAGUGUCUUUUACUCCAGAAAUAGGAAAAUUAGUGUCUUUUAAAAUAGCACUUACGCUAUAAUAAGGCAAUACUGGAAUCAAAAACGAAUUUUAUAUAAGGUCCUAGUUAGGUGGAAACUAGCUUUUAUGCUAGUGUUAAACUCAUGAGAAGUAGUAGCAAAGAAAGUUCGCUCUGUUUCUGCAGUUUUUUGGGACCAUUUAUAAAGGCCAGUUAGACUGUGUUAAUGUGGUUUAAUUUGCAAAGUUGCUGCAGUCAGUGGCUACGUGGCUGUGUUCUGGGAAUCUGACUUCCAUUCUAAUGUAUGAUAUUCAUUGGCUGUGAUCUGUAGCAUCCGAAGAAAAGAUGUGUUUUCUCUCCUUCACACUCUCUACAUAAUUGUUAAUAUUAUUUUAAUUAGAGUACUGAUGACAUUGUUUUUCCCUCUGUUAAAAAUGGCUUAGCAAUUUGCACAUCUGGGUAGAUUAUGUAGCUAGUAAACAAUUCACAAUAGUUAAUAGCAAUUACACUUAACCCACCAAGUGACAGACUAUGCAAUGAAAAAAUUUUCUAAUUAAUCGUCGCGUAGCUUACACGGCGAAGGAUUAUUUUCUCUAGUAACCCACCAUGUGAGAUAUGACUGCUUUAUAAAUGACUUCCUGAGCAAUUUCAUGUCGGCAGGCAACGCAUUGUGUCUAGUGUUCCUCCAUGAGAAGAUUAUAAUUUAAUGAGAAGCAAAUCUUAGGUAUGAAAAUAAAGUUGGAAAGAUGUUUUGUUUUGUUUUGUUUUUUUCCUUUUCCUUAAAAUUGUAGUUACAUGUUGAGUGACUCAAGGCUAAAGAGAGCUAACACUUUAUCUUUGCCAAAUAAUUAUUUAUAAGAAUUAUUUCUUAAAUAUGCCCAAUCUCUCAGCUUCACGUUAGGAGUCACCAUUUUCUGUGACUAACACUAAAACUUUUCUGUAUUAGAGCCUGUUGUCAAUCCACAAUCACAAUCCAGAGAAGAAAAGACAGUGCUUUGAUUUGGAAAGGAUCAGGGCCUGUGAGACACACAGGGGCCCUAUCAGUACAAUUUUCUUCUUAAGUGAAAGGCUUUCUAUUUCUGUUGACCUGUACCAUUCAGCUUUUAUCAAUUGGCACUAGGAUUUGAGCCUGUGUAGGGAGCUCCCAUUCUAUCAGUUUGUUGACUCUUCUGCCAUCCUUCCUGUACCCUUGCACCAUGGCUGGGAGGCUUCGUCAGCAGUGUCGUGUGAGGCAAUUACCUUUUCUCCACGUUGGUUCAAUAGGUUGUUGUGGAUUGGUGUUGUAAAAAGAUGAAGAUAUUAAGAACACUAAACGACUUAAUAGGUUUGAAAUUCAUUUCAAAUAUUUUUAGAAACUGUUUCCAUUUUCUUCAUCCUCUUUCUUUUUAGCCUUUUAAAAUCCUUUUAAAUUCUAUUUUGAAGCUAGUGUUAUAGAAUAAUCUAAUAUAAUGGUCUUCUAAAUGGUCAACAGAAUUCUGCAGUUUAUUGAGGCAAUUUGAAGGAUUCCUAGAAAAAAAAAUGUAGUCCUACUGAAUAGCCUUCGUUUGUUUCUCUUUCAUCACUAACACCUACAUUGCUCCAAGGGUUUUUUUUCCUGACAAGAAAUAUAUUUCUUGGGGAUAGGGGUGGGGGAUGGGAAUAUAUAUAAAAAACAGAACAUAGAUUACUUUCCCCCAAUACUUUGAAAAUAAUCGAAUCAUCACUGGUAUUCUACAAAAAGGUAAAACAUUUAAUGACUUCUUAAUAUCUUGAACUUUAUAAGCUUUCCAAUAUUCUCGAGGGAACCAAAAUCCAUGUUUAGUCAAUUAAAGGAACAUUUCAGAUGCGAUCUUUCAAAAGAUUUGUAAUAAAAUACCAGUGAAGAUCAUACUCAUUUCCCCCUGACCAGUGAGUUAGGAAAGAAAACAUCACCCAUCAAUGAAUAAUUAUGUCUCUCCUAAUAACCAGUGUCAUCAGUGUGAAAAUUGUGGGUCAAAUUUAGAGAGCCUUAUUUCUAGCUAGCAAGAAUUCUCUUUUCACUCCAGCUCUUAUUUUUUGUUAGCUUUCCUCUCUCUGCACUGUGAUACAGAACUAAUAACAGGAAAUGGGGCAUUUCUGAGAGAGAGAGAGAGAGCACAUUUGGUAUGACUUUCUUUACCCUAGUUUCCAAGGCAUUGGGAAUGUUAGGCUACUUUCAAUGGCAGAGUUUUUGGUGAUCCAAAGUUUAGUCUGAAAAACAGUCUUGUAAGAGAAAACCUGUCGAGCUCGUAGAAAGCUAGGUAGGCAGCAUGGCUUCCCUCCUUUUUCCCCUUCUGCCUGCUUGCUCAGCUCACAUCCAGUCCUGACGUAUUCACACCUACACACAUGGUCUGUACUGACCCUGGCCUAAGAGUAAUAGAGUCCUUUCGCUUGUUUUUUGUUUGUUUGUUUGUUUGUUUUUAAGCUGGGGACCACUGAAGUAAGCUCUGUAUGCACCCAAAGUUCCCCUUGGAAAAAUUUUCAACAUGCAGUGCAGAAGGUUCCCACGCAGCUAAAUGCCACUCCAUUGCUUUUACUUGGGGAAUCGACUGAUUUGCCCUGAAGUGACUCCACCCUGCGUCGUGAAGGUCCGGCAGAUUAGUGUGGAAGGGAUGGAAAAUUGGAGGGUUGUGACGUUGUCUUCAUCUGCUUGGAAGGGUUGAAUCAGUUCCUCUCAACAGUGAUAAUUCUUGUCACUGUAUAGUGUUGAGUAUGUCUCAGGGAUUCCUUGUGGAAAUUAGGGCAGUUUUUAAAAUAAGAAAAUAGUUUUCAAGAAACUAAAGGUGUGACUCAUCAUUGAAGAGAGCGCAAGAAAGAGAAAACGUUUGGUUUCGUAGCCCACGGUGUCUUGCGUAGGACUUUUUUCCUUUCUCCUUCAGCCUCUCAUCUCAGCUUCAGCAUACAGAACCCUUUCCUGUCACGCACAGCUUUAAAACUUUUAUUUAAGAAUCUCCUUCCCCAAUGAGCUUUCAGAAUACUUAUUGUAGAUUUUAAGAGAAAAGGUAUAUUAAUUUAUGCUAUUAACAUCACCUCAUAAAUUAUAAGUUUUAUACUAAAGCUGUAUUGAGUGUAAUGAAUUAUGUUGCCUAUGUGUUUAAUAGCUAAAAAAUUAUAUAUGAGCUUUUUUUUUUUUUUUUUUUAAAACAAAACAAACUAGUGAAGCACCUUUUUACACUGGAUCUCUGCCGUGUCAAGGUGUAUAGCUAUCCUUUGCUACCUUGCAGAUAUAUAAAAUAAAAGGAUAUUCGGGGGCCUCAAAAUGUAGAACACCGUUAGACCAUUUAUUACUAUUCAUAGAACUCUUGAGAAUCAUGUUUCUUUAGUAAAUGAUCUGUGGUUUACACUUAAGAUGGCUAGAAGCUUAGUUACAGGGUAAAUAGAAAUACAUAGAUCAAGUAAAAUUCCCAACUACUGUAGCUGGAAUUUGUAAACUCAUUUAAGACCUCUUUUAUUUCCUAUGGAUUCUUUAAUUUACAGUUGAUUCUGUAAGUUGGGAAGUAAAAUAGAGAAAAAUAAUAAAUCUAGAUGUUCUCAGUGUCUUAUUCAGGAACCCUUUUAUCCCUCCUCACUAAGGAAUUCCCACUGUGACUUAAAAAUAGAAUUAAAUUACUUGUGUGCAUGUAUGUGUCUGUGUUUUUACACACAUGCAAAAAUAUACAUUGGGGGGCACAAGUGUGAGAGAGAUGAAUGUGUGCUUCCAUAAAAAGAGAGAAAGAUAACAGAAUGUAUUGUAGAAAUAUGAUUUAUUUAGUUGAGAGUAUUGGAGUUACUUUCUCAUUGUCUCGUAUAAAUACACCAAAUUCUUCAUCAUGUUAUGUCAUGUUAAAAGGCUAGUUCUGAUAUCAUGUGCAUUUUAGCAUUUUGAUUAACUUAUAUUUAUGCUGUGUUUUUAAAAUGAUGUGAGAAACAGUAGGUUUUAAGACCAGCCUCUUGCUUUUGAGCAUAAAAAUAAGAGAGAGAGAGAGAAAGACCCAAGACAUGAGCUGUGUUUAUCUGUUGGGGUGAUGGGACCAGAGAUCAGUUGAACUUUUUUUUGCAUUCAUAGAUUUCUUUCUAUUCUGAGUUAGAAAAUACUGUUGACCCUCUUUUCUUGGUGAAGUUAAGAAUAUUAUAGGCAUUUUAGAAAGAAUGCCAGUUUUUGAAGCAACUGGUUUGUUUAAAGUGUUGGUGGGAUCAUUUCACCAUGCAUAUUUCAAAGCUGGGAUGAUUUCAGGUAUUUCCCAAAAUUUGAAAAACAGUUACUCAAUUGUGCUAUUAUUUACGAAGUUAGCCUGUCUCCCUUCACCCUAUUUUGGCUCUAGGAAGAAUUCUGCUACCUUUGACUUGAUGCCUAUGGAAUUAAAAAAAUACAUUCCUAUAUUUUGAGAUUUGUCAUUUUGCUAUACAUUUAUUACUGGGGUAUCUGGUGGUCUAAAAUAGUCAAAACUAGAGUUGUUAUUAAUUGCUCCAAUCACAUUUAUUUUUAAUAUAUAAAAAAAUCAUGUACUUUGAAAUAUGUCCAAACAACUUGGGAUAAUACACCUGAAUUUGUAGUUACCUUUGAAGCCUCAUUCAUCUUAUAUAUAGUUAAGACCUUGGAAAGCUUUAUAUGUUGUUCUUUUUACAGUUGUAUUUUUGCAGCAUCUCCUAGUUCCAUUCACUCUUGCUUUAUGGAUUUUUAAAAAAUCUGCAUAUUUCUUGUACAUAUGCAUGCAAAUGAAAGAAGGGAGUUUGUAUUGGUGCCAUUUCUCCCUUCAGUUACUAAUUAAUGGGAUUUGCUAGAAUAAAUUCCCCCUGAUUGAAGGGUGAAAAUAGACCCUUUGUGUAUAUCUGUACAGAGAUGUGUAUAUGGGAUGUGGUGGCACUUUGCUGAAUGUGAACUUGCCUUGUCAAUGGAAAGAUUGAGAAGUAAUAUGUUUAUUUAUAAAUUUGUAUAAUCUAUAUAUACACGUAUGUAUAUGUGUGUGUAUAGAUAAAGCUAUAUACAUAUAUUUCCCUAAAAAAAUGUGUGUGUAUAAUAGAUAAACAGCCUUUGUUAAGCAAGAUUGUACGUCUAUGGAAAAUUCUGGAUUCUCUGUAAGCAGGAGGAAGUGACAGUCUAGAGUACAUCACCAGAGCAUACUAAAGUAGAAGUCCUUUCGAUUAUAGUCUUGUUUGUGGUUAUUAUAAGUUAAUUUCUCUUGGAACUAUUCUCACUUGCCAAUUCCAUUCUUCAUCUUAGACUAACUUCUAAGUCAAUCUUUCAGACAUUUAAAAAAAUCACACUUGAUUGUGUUUUUUCUCCUUUAUUAUGUCCUUUCUAGCCAGAAGCAUUUGUUUUAAGUGUAUUUCAUUAACUUCUCAAUUGUUUCUUUUAAAGAUCCUUAUCUCUGAAAUUUCCCAGAACAUACAAGUUUUGGUAAUAUUUUCUAUAGUAAUUUUGAGAAUCAGCCAUUCAUCUUUGUCUCAGAAAAAAAACAAAAAUCAACAUUCAAUCAAAACUGAUUUACAAUUUUUACCUAGAUAAUCUUGGGAUAUUUUACUUAAAUUGAAAAAGAACAUAAUUACAAUUUUAUUAUUGAUAUUAGUGUUAGGUUUAUUCUCUCAUUUAUUGUCAUUAAUUUGUCAUUUGAAAAUUUAGUUUACUUUGUAAUUGGAUCAUAAGUUUACUAUUUUCAUUUUAAUGGAAAGCAUACAAAGUAAGUCUCUUGAAUUUUAUAACUAAUUUUGCUCAUGAUGAAACUGCUUUAAUGAAUUCUUGUGUAAUGAAUUCUGCUAUAUUUCCUUUUGACUCUUCUCACAUUUGGUGACAUUCUGUUUAACUCUGCUGCAGCUCUCUAGAAAACUGCAUCCCUAUAUAUUGUGCCUUUAAAGCUCUUAUGCACACACAGACAAAAGUGUAUAUAUACAUGUUGGAGCAUGUGUACAUAUACUUUCGUAUAUACUCACACGGUAUGUCUCUAGUAUAUAUUGUGGGAGUGGAUAUAUAGAUACUCAAAGGCAAUGAAAUGUUGCUCUCUAGAUAUAUAUGUAUAUAAAUAAUGUUGAUAUACUGUAUAUACACAUGUACAUGUAUGAGUUUUAAAUGGCAAUCUUUUACAUUUAGCAAAAUGCUGCCCCUACUGGAAUAUUGUUGCUGCAAUGGCAGUUGUGUGUAAUGAUUUAAAAUACAUUAUCAAAAAUUAUUUAAAGAACAUUUAAAAGUCUCAUCUAAAGACAUCCACACAUUAUU